AUGUCUUCCACCAGAAUCCCUCAAUCUCUUCUCUCCGGCCGCCUCACGGCUGCAUUCCUGAAACCCUCGAAAACCCCAUCUUAUUCCACUCUUCAAAUCCCUCGAUUGUUCUUCCGUAAGACCAUCACUUUCCAAAGAAUGUCCACUAAACAACCGGUUUUUUCAUCUUCGCCCUCAGCUUCUAUCCAGCCCGUUGAGGAGCUUCCCCCUAAGCUCCAAGAAAUCGUUAAACUCUUCCAAGGAGUUCAAGAACCGAAAGCCAAGUACGAGCAGCUACUGUUCUACGGUCGGAAUCUAAACCCCGUGGAACCCCAGUACAAAACAAGCGAGAACAAGGUUCAGGGCUGUGUUUCGCAGGUUUGGGUCCGGGCGUAUUUGGAUGGUGAUAAAAACGUAAUCUUUGAAGCAGAUUCGGAUUCGGUUCUCACCAAGGGGCUGGCCGCUUUGCUAGUCCAAGGCCUUUCGGGCCGGCCCGUGGAAGAGAUCGUGAAGGUGUCGCCAGAUUUCGUGGUUCUUUUAGGGUUGCAGCAGAGCUUAACUCCAUCCAGGAAUAACGGAUUCUUGAACAUGUUGAAAUUAAUGCAAAAAAAGGCUCUCCAAUUGUACGUUGAAUUCGAGACUGCUGAUAAUAGUUCAAGUAGUGCUACAACUGAAAAGGGCCUACUUCAGAACUCGAAUUUGGUCCCAAAUGCUGAUGAUAAUAUUGUAAAUGGUGGGAUCAAGUCUAGUGAAACAGAUAAUGAUUUCAGAGAGCAUUCUGGCAUGGGAAAUGUAUUGGGUGAUAGGGGGAUGAGGAUAAAGGAGACUCUGGAGAAAGAGCUGAGUCCUGUCGAGUUGGAAAUCGAGGAUGUUUCUUAUCAGCACGCGGGCCAUGCUGGUGUUAGAGGAAGUGAUGGCGAGACGCAUUUCAAUGUGAAAGUGGUAUCACAAGAAUUUGAGGGCAAGAGCUUGGUUAAGAGGCAUAGACUGAUUUACAGCUUGUUGCAAGAGGAGUUGCAGAGCGGACUGCAUGCUUUGUCAAUUACAGCAAAGACACCGGCAGAAGUUGACAAGCAGUGA